AUGUUGGAAAAGAAAAGCAUUGCCGUUUGUCGUAUUGGAAUGGUGUUGGGAAUGUUGGUCCUGAGCAACACGGCCAAUGCAGCAUCCUAUACCGUCGGGGACGCUACAGGUUGGGCAUUCAAUGUAGCUGGCUGGGAAAAUGGCAAGAAUUUCAAGGCAGACGAUGUACUUGAGUUCCACUAUAAACCAGAAUUUCACAAAGUAGUGGUGGUAGACAAGAAUGGAUACGACAGUUGCACCGCUCCUUCCGGCGCCAAAGUGUACCAAAGUGGAAAAGAUCAAAUUAAGCUUGUUAAGGGACAAAAUUACUUCAUUUGCAGUUUUCCUGAGCAUUGCCAUAAUGGAAUGAAGAUAGCCAUUGAUGCGGCUUAG